AUGAAGAACAGCUUCUCCAUCCUGGAGGCCAAUAUGGUGGACGUGCUGAGGAUCCUGGACCUAUCAGAGGACAUGGAGGGUGUGUCUCUGGAGGCGGGGCUCUGCACCAGUAGAGAGGGAAGAGAAGAGACAGACAUCUCCUUCAAGAUCAACAAGAAGAUCCAACUCAGUGUCCCUACAAAACAGCUGUUCCCAGAAGGGGGAUUCCCAGUGGACUUCUCUGUCCUGGCUACGGUGCGUGCCCGGCGGGGUGCCCAGGUGUUCUUGCUGUCCCUGUACGACCCUCAGGGUACCCAGCAGCUGGGGUUAGAGGUCGGAAGGUCCCCUGUCUUCCUGUAUGAAGACCAGCAAGGCCUGCCUCCUCCUGAACUAUACCCUACCUUCAGGAAGAUCAACCUGGCUGACGGCAAAUGGCACAGGGUAGCGUACAGUGUGGAGGGUCAGUCAGUGACUCUGUAUCUGGACUGUGAGAAGGUGGAGAGUCUGGAGCUCCAGAGAGGUCUUAACCCAGAGGUCAGCACUGAAGGGGUCACUGUGUUCGGGACACGGCUACUGGAUGACCAGGUCUUUGAGGGAGAAAUCCAACAGUUGUUGAUCGUAGCCGACCCCAGAGCUGCAGAGACCUACUGUCAAGACUACAUUCCCGACUGCCACGCCCCUUUACCCUACGACAGCCUAUCACAAGAGACUGAGGAGAGUUGUUAUCCAGUGUUCCGUGUGCCAGUGUUCCGUGUGCCAGUGUUCCAUGUGCUAGAGUUCUGUGUGGCAGUGUUCUGUGUGCCAGUGUUCCAUGUGAUAAAGUUCCGUGUGCCAGUGUUCCGUGUGCCAGUGUUCUGUGUGCCAGUGUUCCAUGUGAUAAAGUUCCGUGUGCCAGUGUUCCGUGUGCCAGUGUUCCAUGUGCUAGAGUUCUGUGUUGAAGUGUUCUGUGUGCCAGUGUUCCGUGUGCUAAAGUUCCGUGUGCCAGUGUUCCAUGUGCCAGUGUUCCGUGUGCCAGUGUUCCGUGUGCCAGUGUUCCGUGUGCCAGUGUUCCGUGUGCUAAAGUUCCGUGUGGCAGUGUUCCGUGUGCUAAAGUUCCGUGUGCCAGUGUUCCAUGUGCUAGAGUUCUGUGUAGCAGUGUUCCGUGUGCCAGUGUUCCGUGUGCUAAAGUUCCGUGUGCCAGUGUUCCAUGUGCUAGAGUUCUGUGUGUCAGUGUUCCGUGUGCCAGUGUUCCGUUUGCCAGUGUUCCUGUUCCAUGUGCUAAAGUUCCGUGUGUCAGUGUUCCGUGUGCCAGUGUUCCGUGUGCCAGUGUUUCGCGUGCUAAAGUUCCAUGUGCCAGUGUUCCGUGUGCUAAAGGUCCAUGUGCCAGUGUUCCGUGUGCCAGUGUUCUGUGUGCCAGUGUUCUGUGUGCCAGUGUUCCGUGUGCCAGUGUUCCAUGGAGAACCAGGACCCCAGGGGCCCACGGGACUGGUAGGACCUCAAGGAGACCUAGGAGAACUGGGUCCUUCAGGCCGGCCGGGUCUCAACGGGGCUGAUGGGAUACCAGGUCCUCCAGGGAACAUCCUCAUUGUUCCGUUCCAGGCAGGUGGAAUCCAACUAACAGGACCUGUGAUAUCAGCCCAGGAGGCUCAAGCCCAGGCCAUCCUACAACAGACCAAGUUGUCUAUGAAGGGACCACCUGGACCAUUAGGCCUUAUGGGACGUUCAGGACCGCUGGGUAACCCGGGUCCUUCGGGGCUGAAGGGAGUGGCCGGGGAGAUGGGACCAGCGGGUUCUAGAGGUAUUAUGGGCCAACCAGGGACGAAUGGAAAGUCAGGGAAGAGGGGUCGAGCUGGGACGGAUGGGAACAGGGGUGCUCCGGGUGAGACCGGUGGAAAGGGUGACAGGGGUUUUGAUGGCUUGCCAGGUCUUCCAGGAUACAAGGGACACAGGGGGGAGAUAGGAAAACCAGGCCCCCACGGUACUCUUGGGGUGUCAGGAGAGAGGGGUUCAGAAGGACAACCAGGACCAAGAGGACAGCCAGGUGAUGCUGGUUCCAGAGGGUUGAACGGACCCAGAGGUCACACUGGCCCUACAGGUCAGCCUGGCAUCCGAGGUGUGGAUGGAAUCCAAGGUUCUAAGGGAAACUUGGGACCUCCUGGGGAGAUGGGAGCAUCCGGGCAGCAAGGAAACCCUGGGUUGCAGGGAUUUCCUGGUCCUCAGGGACUGGUCGGCUUGCCAGGAGUUAAGGGGCCCCAAGGGAAGAAAGGGUUGCAGGGACUACCUGGGAAUGAUGGACCUACCGGUCACCCAGGGAGAGAGGGGACUCCAGGAGAGAAGGGACUACCGGGCCCACCAGGAGUCCAGGGGCCUAUAGGAUAUCCAGGAUCAAGAGGAGUGAAGGGAGCGGACGGAAUUAGAGGAAUGAAGGGAAGCAAAGGGGAGAAGGGUGAGGAUGGGUUCCCCGGCUCUAAGGGAGAGAUGGGGCUGAAAGGUGACGGGGGUGAUAAUGGGGUCCCAGGGUCCAGGGGAGAGGAUGGUCCUGAAGGACCUAAAGGACAGGCUGGACCGCUGGGGGAGGCUGGAACCGUGGGUAUCGCUGGAGAAAAGGGUAAACUGGGAGUUCCAGGGUUGCCGGGGUAUCCGGGACAAAAAGGACCUAAGGGUUCGGAUGGUUUCCCUGGAUCUAUCGGAGUGUUGGGAGAGAAGGGGAAGAGGGGUCCCGGGGGGGAAGCAGGCAGUGCAGGACAAAGGGGUCCUAACGGGCUGCGUGGGGGCCGGGGUGCCAAGGGACCAACAGGGAAGACAGGGGGAAAGGGCUCCUCUGGACACGAUGGACCCAACGGACCAACUGGAGACAGGGGGCCUCAAGGGCCACAAGGACGGAACGGGGAAUCAGGACUCAAGGGACCCAACGGUCCAGCGGGGAAAGAUGGACUUCCGGGUCACCCAGGUCAGAGAGGAGAGCCGGGUUUCCAAGGAAAGACGGGACCCCCAGGUCCAGGAGGUGUUGUGGGGCCACAGGGUAAAUCAGGUGAGACCGGGUCAUUGGGAGACAGAGGUCACCCCGGGUCACCUGGUGUACCGGGAGAGCAGGGCCUACCUGGCACCGCUGGGAAGGAGGGAGCUAAGGGCGACCCGGGUGCAGGAGGGACUUCUGGGAAAGCUGGUCCUCCAGGACUCAGGGGCUUCAGAGGCAGCAGAGGGGCCGCCGGGGGCAUGGGUCCUGCUGGUCUGAAAGGAGGUGAAGGACCAGUCGGAGCAGCAGGAGCUAUAGGGGCCGGUGGUGAGAGGGGUCCUCCAGGGUCGGCCGGUGCUAUUGGUCAGCCUGGGAGGGCAGGGGCUGUGGGUGGACCUGGACCAAUGGGAGAGAAGGGGGAACCGGGAGGGGCGGGCCCCAUUGGACCAUCAGGACAGGAUGGAGACCAGGGACCUCUAGGACUACCUGGAGCUGCAGGCCCUGCAGGCCCCCCAGGAGAGGAUGGGGAUAAGGGAGAGACUGGAGGACCAGGCCAGAAGGGCAGCAAAGGAGACAAAGGAGAAUCAGGCCCCACAGGACCAACCGGUGGCCAGGGCCCGAUGGGGCAGUCAGGAGUUCCUGGUGUGGAUGGGGAGUCAGGUCCCAGGGGUCAGCAGGGAAUGUACGGGGCCAAGGGUGACGAGGGUCUCCGGGGCUUCAAGGGCUCCAAAGGACCCAUUGGACUACAGGGGAUGCCUGGUCUUCCAGGAGAGAAGGGGGAGAGCGGACACAUCGGCUUGAUGGGUCGUCCAGGUCAGUUUGGUCCCAGAGGGCCACAAGGGCCUAGUGGGGGACAGGGUGCUCUGGGCAGACCAGGUGGGGCUGGACAGCCAGGGGUAAAUGGAGAGAAGGGGGAGGAUGGAGAAUCGGGAGACCCAGGACCCGUUGGUGUAUCAGGAGGCAGCGGGGAUAUAGGUGACCAGGGGGAGAAGGGGGACUCGGGUCUCUCUGGAGCAGCAGGGCCCCCAGGAGCCAGAGGCCCCCCAGGAGAGGACGGGGCCAAGGGAAACUCUGGUCCGAUUGGUUUCCCAGGAGACUCAGGACAGCCAGGGGAGGCAGGACCUAACGGGGAGGAUGGAGGUCCUGGAUCCAAGGGAGAUGCUGGAGAUACAGGGAAAUCAGGUCCACCAGGAGCAUCAGGGGAACCCGGCCCCUCGGGGCCACCGGGACGCAGGGGUCACCUGGGUAAAGAAGGGAAGCAGGGGAAAGCAGGGAUGAAAGGAGCGAAGGGCUCUCCGGGGUUGGAGGGUCUCCUGGGGAAGACAGGACCGGUGGGAGCCCAGGGACAUUCUGGUAAACCAGGUCCUAGUGGUCUCAGAGGGAUCCCUGGCCCAGCGGGGGAACAAGGUUUAAAUGGACCACCAGGUGUAACAGGACCACCAGGACCCAUGGGUCCUCCAGGACUACCGGGGUUGAGGGGAGAUCCAGGCAGGAAGGGAGACAAGGGUCAUGGAGGUCUGAUUGGGCUAAUAGGCCCUCCAGGAGAGUUUGGAGAGAAAGGAGACAGAGGAUUUCCAGGGAACCAGGGUCUACUGGGACCCAAAGGAGACGAGGGUCUGGUUGGUCUAGCAGGUCCUAAUGGUCCUCCAGGUCUACCUGGUCUCUCUGGUAGAGUAGGACAGAAGGGUUCUAAAGGGAACCAGGGUCCCAUCGGUUCUAUCGGAGAUACAGGUCCUGCUGGCCCUCCUGGACCUCCUGGUCUUCCUGCGGUGGGUCUUCAGUCUGUCCCGGUGCAGGAGAGAGGAAGGAGGAGGAGGCAGCACUCUUCCUUUGACGGGGCCGCUCUGGAAGACGAGGAAGAGCAAGAGGGGAUGGAGGGGGGAGAGGAGGAGAGGAUGCAGGCAGACCAGGCAGGGCAGGAGGAGGAGAAAGAAAUGGAGGAGGUGUUUGCUUCUCUCUCGUCUAUGAGGACGGAGGUAGAGGGUCUGAGGACCCCACUGGGGACCUACCAGUAUCCAGCCAGAACCUGCAAGGAGCUACAGCUGUUGUUCCCAAAGUACACUGAUGGUGAGUACUGGAUAGACCCUAACCAGGGUUGCCAUAGAGACUCCUUCAAGGUGUUCUGUAACUUCACGGCCGAUGGAGAGACAUGUCUGUACCCUGACAUUAAGUUCCAGUCGGUGAAGCUGAGUUCCUGGAAAGGAGAGAAACCUGGUACCUGGUACAGCCAGUUCAGGAAAGGAAAGCAGUUCUCCUAUUCAGGUUCAGAUGGCAGUCCGGUCCAUGUAGUCCAGUUGGUGUUCCUUAAGCUGUUGAGUGCUUCAUCCAGACAGACGUUCACCUACCACUGUCAGAACUCAGCCGCCUGGCUCCAUACCGCCACCUUCAGCCACCAGCACGCGCUGCGCUUCAGAGGGAGCAGCGGAGAGGAGCUCACGCACCAAGACACACACUACAUCACAGCACUGCACGACGGCUGCCAGUCUGGUUCAGGUCAGGAGAGGACGGUGUUAGAGUUUGAUGCCCCUCAGCCAGACUCUCUCCCCCUCAUCGACGUCUCUGUCUCCGACUUCGGACACAACAACCAGAAGUUUGGCUUCCAGCUAGGUCCCGUCUGCUUCAACGGUUAA